UGUGUCUUCUUCACAUGACAUGGCUUUUUAAGUCAAAAUCAUUUCUCUCCUCCUCUUCCUUGUACUAAUCAUCCUCUUAGAAGAAAACUUGCAACAAACCAACAACCGCUAAAUGGAUCCUCCCUUCGGCCACUCACACCACCACCACCACCACCAUCACCACCACCAACGCGACGACGACAACGAAGACGAUCGUCCAUCCUUCGGCGCACCACCACCUCCACACAACAACUUCUCCGAUGCUCCUCCUCCACCCCCUCAGCCUCAUUUCGAUCCCUACGCGCCUCCUCCGCCAGCGCCUUACCGAUCGGAGUUCGACCCCUACGCUCCUCCUCCGCCUUACUUCGAAGCUCCGGCACCACCUCCUCCUCAGUUUGGUCACGUGAGCCACGUCGCCCACCACGCUUCCGAAGAACCAUACCAACCAGACCACCACCGUUACGGAGGAGCUUACCCGCCGCAUAAUUCGUCCCUUGAAAGCUACGGAGACGGCACAGCCGGCGUCGUGCACGUGUCUCACCAUAGCUCACAUCAGACCGAAAACACUCCUUCUGGUUUCCACCACUUCCAUGAUGAUGAGAACCGUCUUCUUCCUGAUAAUCUCGCCGGACUCGCCGGAAGACGAACGGUGAAGGUGUAUUCUAAAGCAGAGCCUAACUUUUAUCUGACGAUCAGAGACGGUCAGGUCAUUCUCGCCCCAGCCGAUCCUUCUGAUGAAGCUCAGCACUGGUACAAAGACGAGAAGUACAGUACUCGUGUGAAGGACGCAGAGGGUCAUCCUUGUUUUGCUUUGGUUAACAAGGCCACUGGUGAAGCCAUGAAGCAUUCUGUGGGAGCUACACAACCCGUUAAUCUAGUCAGAUAUGAUCCUGAUACGCUUGAUGAGUCUGUGCUGUGGACUGAGAGCAAGGAUAUGGGUGAUGGGUAUCGGACCAUAAGGAUGGUAAACAAUGUGGGGUUAAACGUUGAUGCGUUUCACGGUGACAGCAAAUCUGGUGGUGUUCGUGAUGGCACAACUAUUGUUCUCUGGGACUGGAACAAAGGAGACAACCAGCUUUGGAAGAUCUUUCCUUUCUGAAAAUUGGCGGGUGGGAGUGGUAAAAAGUGGUUAUGUGUUUAAUGAAUAAUAAAUAAACAAAACUGUUGUUGUGGCUGUAAGACUUGAGUUUGUGACAUUGUGAUCUGUAAUCUAUUAAAUCACAUCUUAGAAGUAUGCAAUAUUACAUAUGUGGUUUAUGUAUUUUACAAUGUUUUUUUGAGUACUUCUAUAAAUAUGCUUUUAUUA